UCUGCCUCUUCUGAACUCUGCUGGGCAUCAUUGCGCGUCAAAACAUUGCGUCUCUGCAGGACUUGCCAGGGCCGAGAGAAAAGGAACAUUUUCCUGGGAAGGAAUGCGAAAGGGGGUUUAGGAUUGGCACUGCCAAGAAGAAAACGAGGAGGUGCGACAUUUUCUAAGAUACGUGGAGAUCCGUUUUUUUUCUUCCCUUCAAAGGUGUUCACCUCCCAACCCACCGCCCACCACGGCCCUCACCUGUGUGUUGCGGUGCUUCCCUUGUGAGCCGACCUGGGCUGGCAGUCCCUUCUUGCACCGCCCGCCGACUCCGCCCAUGGUCAGAAUGACGCGCUCCAAGACCUUCCAGGCGUACCUGCCAAGCUGCCACCGAACGUACAGCUGCAUCCACUGCCGAGCUCAUCUGGCCAACCACGACGAGCUCAUCUCCAAGUCCUUCCAGGGCAGCCAAGGCAGAGCCUACCUGUUCAACUCAGUGGUGAACGUCGGGUGUGGCCCUGCAGAGGAGAGAGUUCUGCUCACAGGCCUGCAUGCUGUCGCAGAUAUCUACUGUGAGAACUGCAAGACCACCCUGGGCUGGAAAUACGAACAUGCCUUUGAGAGCAGUCAGAAGUAUAAAGAGGGCAAGUUCAUCAUCGAGCUGGCCCACAUGAUCAAGGACAACGGCUGGGACUGAGGGACAAGCAGCUGGGACACGACCACAGCAGAGGAGAGGGAGGGGGGAGGGGGCUGGAUGGACAAAUGGAUGGGAGAGAUGGGGGUCGUGUGUGGUGGGUGAGUGUGUGACUUUGGUUUGGCUGAUUUACAAUUAACCCUGUGUUAACUCUCUGCCCAUCCCUCCCUACCACGCCUCUUGAUGUACACACACACACACACACACACACACACACACACACACACACACACACACACACACACACACACACACACACACACACACACACACACACACACAAACACACAAACACACAGACACACACAUUCAUCAAGGUCCCAGACAUCCCAGCUUGACAGAGAGACAGACUAGGCAGGCUUUUGCACAGCUAGCAGGUCUAGAUGACUGGCCAGCAAGAUGUCUCAUUUUCACAUUUAAAAAAACAUGAUUUGAUAGCUCAUUCAGAGGGUAGCAACACUCCCUCUAUACCUGCUAGAAGACAUCUUCAUUGUGUGAAGUAUUCCACCUUGUCUAACAAUAAUGAUUAAGCCAGUUGUAUACGGGUCAUUCAGUGGAAAUUUAGCCAGAAGGAAGGCAGUUAGGCCGGCCUGGCGGGUUUCAUUGGCCUUGGUUGAAGAGCUGACGGGCAUUCUCUCUGUCCACAGCUUGAAUCAGAUGACCUAAGAUGAUUAUAGCAAAUCCAGCUGAUCGGGGCCAUGCCAGCUGGGCCAGUGAUGAGGCCUGGCUCUGAGGCUUGGCACAGAGGCCUGAGCACAUGGGUGUUGGGUUGUGGCGCAGGGCUGGGGUGAUUGCGGGGAUUGCCGCCCACCAGGCCGCUCUCUCAACAUGGUGGGGAGGGGAAAAUCCUGAUCCAGUUAUGCAGUGGCAUUGAUGGCUUCUGGCUGGGAUUCACUCCAUGUCUUGCCAGUGAUGCAGCUCAUGACGGGCCAAGAGUGAAAGAGAUACAGACAGACAACCACCGGCUUGUCCUAAAACCUCACAGGAAUUUGCCCUCGCAGCAGCAAAGCAGCUCCCCUUGGUUAAUACAACAAGUCGUGUAUAGGGAUCUGCUGAUACUUCCCGUGUAUGUUUGGUGUCAUCAGAUGCAUCGUUGCAUCCACCUUUGUUACUUGGCCAGGUAGAAUUACACAAUAUAAGCGUGUCUCAGGUGAACAACUUUGGCUGGGAUUCCCAAAGGUUUGCAAGCACUGUGAACAUCUUUCUGCUGUUGGAGGUGGAUGAACUAAGGUGACGAAGCUCUGCAGGCCUUGGGAAGGCUGGGGGCGGCUAGUGAUCAGUGAGAUACAAACACAACCCCUGCUGAUCAGUGAGAUACAAACACAACCCCUGCUAUCAUGCAAAUAACAGUGUGAUUUGUGGCCGGACUGCAUUUACUGGUUUCAUGGGCCAAGGGAAAAUGCAAAUAGUAAAGAAAUUCACACGGAAAGUAAAUGAUUACUUUCACUGAAGUUACGAGGUAUAUACAUACCACAGCGGUGUGUACUGUAGAUGAAUAUGUUUAAAAUGUAUCACUCUUAGGCUCUCUUUCAGUCUGGGAUGACUGCUGUUUAACUGCUGUUACACUGAUCUUCACUAACUGGCCCUCAUGAAACAUUAUAACAAAAACUACUGGACAACAUUAUAAAGAAAUGCACUAGAUAGACCAACUUGCCUAUUCUUUUGUUCCUUAAUGCACCAACACAUUAUCUUUUUAGGUUUUGCCCAAGUUUUUUUUUUUUUUUCAGUUAGCUAAAAUAUUCCUAAUGCAUCAUGGGCCUUUGAUUUAUGACACCUGGGUAAUAUUUGAGGUAACAUUAAUGGGAAGCAUUGCUCAGGUACUUUCAUUCUACCUUUUCUUUGCUAAGGCCAGAAUCCUACUUAAUGUGCUGGAUGUGUUAUUAUUCUCUGAUGGAAAUGUAUUAUUUUCAAAUGAGAGAAUCCAUCCCAUGGAUAUGCAACAUGAAUGCAUGCAUGAAGUAAAACAAGUGUUCUGACCAGUUUUGUGCUCGGUCCUCAUCACAUUUUUGUGAAAAGAACAUUUUGUGUAUACUAGAGUUGCAAUGAAACCUUGUGCUGUAAUACAACAUCUAAUCAGUUUCACCCCAGUUCAUUUAAGCUGCGAGAUCCGUCUUCUUUAGAUUAAAUGUGAUCAUGGUUUAGAAAAGUCAAAUUAGCUGCACCGUUUGUCACACAGUUUCCCGUUGUUGCGAACAUUGCUCUAGAUGUUGCCCUGUAUAUGGUGAGUGCUGUUCAAGACUCUCCAGUUACAACCAAACCUAAACAGAUAACUCUCUUCAGUAACACUCAGCAAGUGACUGCUGAGUUGGAGGCUGCGACAUUAAACCCAGCACAACCAAAGAACCCACUCGUCAACAAUAAAUUGACCAAACAAAAGAUCCAAUUUUGCUUUGUCAAGUGUUGCAAAACAAGAGGAUGUGUACAGCUGAAAGCCAAGGUUGUGGAUAGCCUUUCUCUGUGAUAUAUAUAAUGCAUUAUGAUUUUGUAAACAUAAGAUCUUAAUAUAUGAAUAUAUUAUAUUUACUGUAUUCACCACGAGGAUUACCAUUCAUGUCAACCUCUGUGUUACAGACUGUAAAUAGUGUUAAUGUAUUGUGUUUUAUCUAUGAUCCAUACAGCGAUUAAUGAAUAUGAUUUAGGUCAUGUCAUGCUUUCUCUCUGGUACCCCACAUUGGCUGUACGAUACUACUUUUUUACUGAAAAUGUUUCAAUUUUAAUGUCUUUUGUAAAGGAGGAUGCUGAUGUUGACUAUAUAUCAUUGGAUCUUCAUCUAAUAAAAUGCACCUUGAUAUCUGUA